AUGGUUCUGAUGAGGCCGCUGACUGGAGUGAAUAGAUAUGACAAUGCUUAUGCCCUGCAGCAGAUUGAGAAUGGGCACAACGCUCUCCUAACUCGCACACCGUAUACCGCUGCCAAUGAGCCGGGGAUCAGCAAGUCGGGAAAGACACUUCCUCGCAUCAUCACCCUGGGAGGCGACCACACAAUCACCCUGCCACUGCUCCGCAGCAUCAACAGAGCUUAUGGACCGAUCUCAGUGAUCCACUUCGACUCGCAUCUCGAUACAUGGAAGCCCAAGGUAUUCGGUGGAGCGCCUAGCGAACAGGCCGCCAUCAACCACGGCACAUAUUUCUACUGGGCUAGCGAGGAAGGGCUUCUUGCGAACGACAGCUCCAUCCACGCAGGCAUCCGAACAACGCUCUCAGGGCCUAGUGACUAUGACCACGACGGCUACGUCGGGUUCACACGUGUUGAGGCUCGUGAGAUAGACACCAUCGGCACCUGGGGAAUCAUCAAAAAGAUCAAGGAACGUGUCGGGACCAAGAACCCCGUUUACCUUUCCAUCGAUAUCGACACUCUCGAUCCUGCGUUUGCGCCUGCCACGGGAACUCCUGAGACUGGAGGCUGGAGCACUCGUGAACUGAGGACCAUCCUCCGCGGGCUAGAAGGUAUCAAUUUCGUUGCUGCCGAUAUUGUUGAGGUUGCGCCAGCGUAUGACACGAAUGCGGAGUUGACAACUAUGGCAGCAGCGGAUGCUCUUUAUGAGGUCAUGACUUUGAUGGUGAAACGGGGCCCGUUGACACUCAAGGCAACACAGGCCGAGUAUAUUCCUACCAUGGUCGAGGGAGAGGAGGCAUAUCAAUAA